AUGGCGUUACGGUUGGUCCGGCAUCACCAAUACCAGCGUGCGAGUUGGCUCAGGAUUCUACAAUCGGUUCGCACACAAUCAACCGUUGCUCCUGGAACGCACGAGCAACAGCAAAGCUACAUCCACCACAUUGGCAGUAAACCCCUCGUAUACAGGAACGUCGGUCAACACCUGCGCCUGGCAGCGGAACGAUUCCCGAACAAUGAAGCCAUCGUAUCCUGUUACGAAUCAGGCGCAAGGCUCACGUAUGCCGCCGUCCUAGACAAGGUAGAUCGUCUGGCGGCUUCCUUCUAUCAGCUCGGUCUGCGGCAGGGUGAUCGUGUUGGAAUCUGGGCUCCAAACGGGAUGCUGUUCUAUCUCACCAACCUGGCGACGGCACGUGCCGGUAUGAUUUCGGUCGGUAUCAAUCCCGCCUACCAAGUGCCGGAGUUGGAGUACGCACUUAAGAAGGUUGGCAUCAGGGCGCUUGUUGCUGCGGAAGGCUUUCGCCAACAGAACUAUUACGGCAUGGUGUCUCAUAUCGCUCCCGAGCUUGCCUCAUCGAAGCCGGGUGAGCUGAAGAGCGAAUCUUUACCAAAUCUGUCAACCGUUAUCAUCGAUAGCCAGAAGAGUCUACCGGGAGCAAUAAAAUUCAGUGAACUGUACGAGCUACCAUCGGAACAGAGUAUCAGUAAGAUUGAAAUGCUACAGUCCAAGAUAGUACCGGAUAGUGGCGUCAAUCUUCAGUUCACGUCAGGCACCACGGGAGCACCGAAAGCGGCUCUGAUGUCACACUUUGGUUUUGUAAACAAUGGAAUCCACAUUGGCCACAGGAACGAGCUGGAUCGGAGGGAGCAUCGAUUGUGCGUGCAGGUACCACUGUUCCACGCGUUCGGCAUGGUCAUUGCCAUCAUGGCGGCACUUUCGUACGGUUCCACACUAGUCUUGCCAACCGCAGGCUUCAAGGCGGCCGACUCCUUAGCUGCCAUUGUACGUGAGAGAUGCUCCAUCAUCCUUGGAACUCCAACCAUGUACGUGGACCUUGUGCGACGAAUUGUGGAAAGUGGAGCCCAACUGGAGACGCCCGAGAUCGCCGUCACCGGAGGAGCCACCUGCUCGCCGAAGCUGUUUGCCGACAUCAAACACACACUGGGCGUGCGGAAGGUAAAAACCGUCUUUGGCAUGACCGAAACGACGGCCGUUAUCUUCCAAGCUCUGUUCGACGAGAGCCCGGAAGAUGUCCAGCAAACGGUCGGCCACAUUACCGAUCACUACGAGGCGAAGGUGAUCGAUCAGGCCGGUCACAUCGUACCGUUCGGAACGGCCGGUGAGCUCUGUGUGCGUGGCUAUGGUACCAUGCUCGGUUACUGGGAGGAUGAGAAAAAGACGAAGGACACGAUCGGUGCCGAUCGAUGGCUGCGAACAGGCGAUCAGUUCGUACUGCGCGAGGAUGGCUACGGGAAGAUCGUGGGUCGACUGAAGGACGUAGUUAUCCGUGGAGGCGAAAACAUCUACCCGAAGGAGGUGGAAGACUUUCUCAACACUUACCCCAAGAUUCUAGAAGCGCACUGCAUCGGUGUGCCUGACGAGCGGACGGGCGAGGAGCUGUGUGCGUACGUGCGACUCAAGGACUCGUCCGAUACGAUCGAUCGUGAGGAAGUAAAACGUUACUGCGAGGGAAAGUUAGCAUACUACAAGGUACCGAAGUAUGUUCGGAUCUUGAACGAUCUGCCAAAGACGACAUCUGGCAAGGUGCAGAAGUUCAAGCUGGUACAACUGUUUGCCUCGGAACGGUAA